AUGUCACGACCCCAAGACUCAGACCUCUACAAGACCCUAGAAUCCCGCGACCACGCCCCAGAACCACUCAAAAAGGUCUUGGCUAGAGAACAAGCAGAUUAUGAUUGUUUGAGUUGUAGAGUGAUGGGAGCAACAGCAUUCACAGCACUAGGAACCUACACCUACUGGUCCGGCCAUCGAGAACUCCGCACCCGAGAAGUCGAAAUCAUGCGUUCAGGUUCAAAACUCACAAUGGCUGCUAGAAGACUGGGGAUUACUGGGUUGAGUGGAAUGUUGAUUGGUUUGGGGUUGUGGAGGGGUUUUAUGUGA